AUGCCGCUUUUUGAGGCUUUUUGGCUUGGUCUGGUAUUGACUAUGACUAGUCUUCGGUAUCUUCUCUCACGCAAGGAAAGAGCAAAGCGAAAGCAGGCCAGAGAAACCGAGUCACCAUCACAAAUACUAGUUCCUCCAGCCUACAAGACAGGUCUCUAUGAAACACCUACUAGCCGGGGACCCCGCUCUGUUCAUCCCCGGCCAAUAUCUUCCUUUGCACCAGAUCAUAGCCGCCAGUCACAUUACCAGUCCUACUACCAGCAACAGCUCCCACGAGCCUCGUCUGAGAUACCAUCACAUUAUCCAGCUUUACCCACCUACGAUCCGUCAAAGUACCAACCAGUUCGAUCGGUCUCGAAUCCACAUACUGAAUCAUUUUCUUCACACAUAUAUCCUAGCUCCCGCGGUCAGUCUUCACGUUUGAGCGAGGUACAGUAUAACGAUUCACGUGCGUCAGCGUAUCACCCUACACCACCUAUGAGAGAUCAGUAUUCAAUACCGAAGAUACCACGAGAGUCAUUGGCUGCGUCUGAUGUAAGACGACAGACUAUGAUGCCACCCUGGUACGGUGCAUCGAUGCACCAUGUUUCCAGGUCAGGAGAAGGGCGAGAACGGAGCUAUUCUGAACCCGUACAUCUAGACCCAGCUCAAAGUACACGCGGGCCCGGUCGGCCAAAGCCUGUACUUUCACGAUUGAUUACCAACUUCAGUUAA